CCUCAUCAAAUGACCAGUAUCCCGUCCAGGAGAACUCGGUCUUCUGAGAGAAGCGAGGUCCAGCUUGCAGUCCCAGCGCCAAACCACCGUCAUCUCCUUCCUGUGCGGGGUGAUAGUCUCCUUACCCACCCGGAAAAACAUAGUCCGCCCCCACGUCCUUGUAGAAUAGCGCUCGCUUCCUAACAGUGUGACUUUGUUUGCCUGCACUUUUGUCUUUGCAAGUACUCUAGGACGCACCAAAAGGAUAAAACAAACCUGAAAAGAAACCUUAUGGGAGAAGCGAGAAAGGGAGCCGAGAAGGGAGGGAAAGACAAGCCUGGCGGAGGGACACCGAGGCUAUCGGCAUAGUGCGCAAGCGCGUCGAGAGGAACGAGUUCCGGUCUGGCCGGGGCCUGGCUCCUAAAAAUAGCUCUGGUGUGGGAAUCCGUGCGCGGGUGUCCCGGCGAGUCCCGGGCUGAAGGAGGCGGCUCCGGGCGGCGAGGAGCGCUGGUGGCGGGCCCGGGCUGCGGCGUGUGCGCGCCCGGCAACUGCAUUGGAGACACGGAAUUACAUUUUGUGAAAAAGAAGAAUUUACUGCAAGGAACAUAACUAAGUGUACUUUUUGCUGAGACGUCAUUACUAAUCUUGUAAGAAAUUUCAGCUGUAGCCCUUGGACUAGAAGCUAUAAUAACAGAAGCUGUGUACGAUGCAUUAGGAUAUUGAAGAAAAUUAACUUUUGAAUUAAAUAUUUGGAAUAUAAAGAAAUAAAGAAAGAAAGGUGACUGAAAAUGGGGCGGAAGAAAAUACAAAUCACACGCAUAAUGGAUGAAAGGAACCGGCAGGUCACUUUUACAAAGCGAAAGUUUGGAUUAAUGAAGAAAGCCUAUGAACUUAGUGUGCUCUGUGACUGUGAAAUAGCACUCAUCAUUUUCAACAGCUCUAACAAACUGUUCCAGUAUGCCAGCACUGACAUGGACAAAGUUCUUCUCAAGUAUACAGAAUAUAAUGAACCUCAUGAAAGCAGAACCAACUCGGAUAUUGUUGAGGCUCUGAACAAGAAGGAGCACAGAGGGUGCGACAGCCCAGACCCCGAUACUUCAUAUGUGCUAACUCCACAUACAGAAGAAAAAUAUAAAAAAAUUAAUGAGGAAUUUGAUAAUAUGAUGCGGAAUCAUAAAAUCGCACCUGGUCUGCCACCUCAGAACUUUUCAAUGUCUGUCACAGUCCCUGUGACCAGCCCGAAUGCUUUGUCCUACACUAAUCCAGGGAGUUCACUUGUGUCCCCAUCUUUGGCAGCCACCUCAACAUUAGCAGAUUCAAGCAUGCUCUCUCCACCUCAAGCCACAUUACAUAGAAAUAUAUCCCCUGGAGCUCCUCAGAGACCACCAAGUGCUGGCAAUGCAGGUGGGAUGUUGAAUACGACGGACCUCACAGUGCCAAAUGGAGCUGGAAGCAGCCCAGUGGGAAAUGGAUUUGUAAACUCAAGAGCUUCUCCAAAUUUGAUUGGAACUACUGGUACAAAUAGUUUAGGCAAAGUGAUGCCUACAAAGUCCCCCCCUCCACCAGGUGGUGGUAAUCUCGGAAUGAACAGUCGAAAACCAGAUCUUCGAGUUGUCAUCCCCCCUUCAAGUAAGGGCAUGAUGCCUCCACUGAAUACUCAAAGGAUAAGUAGUUCUCAAGCCACUCAGCCUCUUGCUACCCCAGUGGUGUCUGUGACAACCCCAAGCUUGCCUCCACAGGGACUUGUGUAUUCAGCAAUGCCGACUGCCUACAACACUGACUACUCACUGACCAGUGCUGACCUGUCAGCUCUGCAAGGCUUCAACUCCCCAGGGAUGCUGUCUCUCGGACAGGUGUCGGCCUGGCAGCAGCACCAUCUAGGACAAGCCGCCCUCAGCUCUCUUGUCGCUGGAGGGCAGUUAUCUCAGGGUUCGAAUUUAUCCAUUAAUACCAACCAAAACAUCAACAUUAAGUCAGAACCAAUUUCACCUCCCCGGGACCGAAUGACCCCAUCAGGCUUCCAGCAGCAGCAGCAGCAGCAGCAGCCGCCGCCACAGUCCCAGCCCCCACAGUCUCAGCCCCGACAGGAAAUGGGGCGUUCUCCUGUGGACAGUCUGAGCAGCUCUAGUAGCUCCUAUGACGGCAGUGACCGGGAAGAUCCACGGGGCGACUUCCAUUCUCCAGUUGUGCUUGGCCGACCCCCAAACACCGAGGACAGAGAAAGCCCUUCUGUAAAGCGGAUGAGGAUGGAUGCGUGGGUGACCUAAGGCUUCUAGGCUGAUGUUUGUACUUCGUGUUACUGCAGUAAACUGCCCUACAUAUCUAAAUCGGUAAAUAAGGACAUGAGUUAAAUAUAUUUAUAUGUACAUACAUACAUAUAUAUAUAUCCCUUUACAUAUAUAUGUAUGUGGGUGUGAGUGUGUGUGUAUGUGUGGGUGUGUAUUACAUACACAGAAUCAGGCACUUACCUGCAAACUCCUUGUAGGUCUGCAGAUUUGUGUCCCAUGGCAGACAAAGCACUCUGUAGGCACAGACCAGUCUGGCACUUCCUUGGACUACUUGUUUCAUAAGAUAACCAGUUUUUGCAGAGAAAUGUGUACCCAUAUAUAAUUCUCCCACACUAGCUUGCAGAAACCUAGAGGGCCCCCUUCUUGUUUUAUUUAACUGUGCGGUGACUGUAGUUACUUAAGAAACAUGCUUUGUAGAACAGAGCAGUAGAAAAGCAGGAACCAAGAAAGCAAUACUGUACAUAAAAUGUCAUUUAUAUUAGUUACCCAACCUGGCAUGGGUCUUUGUUGCAAAGGGGUGCAUGGGAAAGGGCUGUUGAUAUUAAAAACAAAACAAAAGCCCCACACAUAACUGUUUUGCACGUGCAAAAAUGUAUUGGGUCAAGAAGUGAUCUUUAGCUAAUAAAAGAGAGAAUAGAAAACGCAUGAGAUAUUCAGAAAAUACUAGCCUAGAAAUAGAGAGCAUUAACAAAAUAAAAUUAAUAUAUUAAGUUAUAAUUGGAAUAUGUCAGAAGUUUCUUUUUACAUUCAUAUCUUAAAAAUUAAAGAAACUGAUUUUAGCUCACGUAUAUUUUAUAUGAAAGAAAACACCCUUAUGAAUUGAUGACUAUAUAUAAAAUUAUAUUCACUACUUUUGAACACAUUCUGCUAUGAAUUAUUUAUAUAAGCCAAAGCUAUAUGUUGUAACUUUUCUUUUUUUUUAGAGAAUAGCUUUAUCUUGGUUUAACUUUUUAGUUUUAUUUUAAGAGGAGAAAAAAACAAAAAUAUCUUGCAAGCAGAACCUUGGAAAAAAAAAGCCAUGAACACUUACUAUUCUAUAUGUAUAUUAAAAGUUGAGCCAAACUCUUUGUGUAUAUAGCAUCUUAAAUAUAUUAUCACCUUUGAUGUAAGUACCUAUGUAUUGUAUGGUCACCAGAUUAAAAAGUAUAUUUUUGUGGAUUGCCGCCAAUUUGGGGGGAAAAGGCGAGGUCCUUAUUAAGUAGAGUAUUCACUGUUUAAUAUUUACUAUUUUGUUAAAUAUAUACUGUACUUUGGAUUUUAAUUAUUAGCCCAGUUUUUUCAGAGGAUUGUAUAAAGGGGUUUCUCCCCUCACUGGUGGUGAAUGUGUGACGUUACAUUGUAAUCUUUGUGCUGUAUGGGUUGAGCAUCAUUAUAUAUUUUAUAUGUGUACAUAAAUAGCAAAGUGGCAAAAAAAAUUGAUGUUAAGUUCAUCCUGCAUAAAUAUAAAAUGUGUUGUAACAGAUUUUAUAAGGCUUAUUUAAAGUUGCCUUUUGUGAGGAAAAAAUAUAGUAGAAAAAGCUGACCUAAUUUAAUGAAUUUUAGAGAAAAUGGCAAAAUAGUAGAUGAGCACAAAGGUUUUAUAAGUGGUAAAUGAUUAGGAAAAAAUAUUCAUGGAGAAGGGAUCUUUUUUCCUUGACCCUCUGAAAAUAGAAUGAUGUAGCUGGUUACAAAAUACUACCAUUAUCAACUAUUCUAUGCAUUAAAAUGACACUUUGGUGCGGGGGGGCGGGGAGAAAUUCUCUUAUGGUGCAGAUUCUUGGCACGACUCUUGCCAUUCUAAUAGAAAUUAGUGCCACCUUCAGCUUGGAUUUUGAACAAGGCCUUACUCCUACAGAAAGACCAAUAAUUGGUGAUAGCAAGUUCAUUCGUUUGCUGGGCUUGUGCCAUGAACAAAAUUCAAAGUCCUGUAUAUCUUUCAUCAUAGAUUUUUUAAUGCUCCCUUUUCCUGAGAAACUCAAAGUAAGAGUUUAAAAAGUGCUGCUAUUUUAUAUUUUAAAUGUAAUACUGAGCAGCUGCCUACAAUUUUUACAUUUUGUUUCCCCCCUAAAUUACGUUCCUUUGGACAUUUUUCUCUUAUCUAUUUGUGACAGAUCAUUAGCCAGAUUUCCUGACUGACACACAGGUGUCGUGUACAAGGAAAAUCUAUGGUGUUCACCGGCUUGCACAUUGGAGGUUCUGUUUGAUGGCAGUUUGGGGAGUUACUUUAGAUAGAGGCCAAAAAGGGGGAGGUAAUAUGCUGUUUCCUCUCUUCAGUGUAGGCAUUGGCUCUUAUUCAGAAAGGAUUAGUUUUUCUUUCAAAUGCAGUUAUUUUACUGAACUACUUACAGGCACAUUUCUUCAUGCAGUCACACCUAAUUGAAACAAGACAGUCUCCCAACACUGAAUUUCCAAGAUAAUCCUUACCACUUUGUAAACCAUUUAUAGCUUUGAAAGUUCAAGUGAUUCCUUCAUUAUUAUUUAUGCAUGUUCAUGAACUUCUGCUGUACGUUGGAAUAGGAGUUAACACAUUCACAUUUACUGUCUAUUUUCUUGUGUGCCUUAUGAGAUGGCUUUUCUGACUGUAUCUCAAUAGUCUUUCUUUCUAUGCAGGUUUAUAAUCAGUACAACUACUGUUUUCUAAAAUAAUAUUACACAAGGCUCGGAGUUUGUAUUUAAAUUAUAAUGACCAAGAAACAAUGUAUUACAUUUUCAGGAACUGAAUAUUUGACUGUUAACCUUUUCCUCAUAUGCCCAGUGUGAUCUGGAGCAUAUGGUCUCAACAGACAUGCCUCACCCAGACACCCAUGUGUGAACACUUCCGCAUCCACCUCUCUGGGUGGAAACCAGCCUAGAGUGGGGAAGACUAAUGGUGUUGCUUUAGAACUGGCUUUUCCUACCCUUUUAGACUCAUGUGUUUUGUAUGAGACACCAUUGCAAGAAAAUUUUAUCCCUUCAGAAAUAUUUUAUUACUAAAAGACAAAAACAAAAAAAGCUUAAAGUUAAUUGCACUCAUGUACAGCUUCCAACAGCUGUUCUUCCCUCGGCACUCUAACUGGUACUACACCGAGAGUGAAAGUCACCAUUGUGUGUACACAGAUGGUCCCAAUCAAAACUCCAUCUUUUGAGCCCUAAUCCCAUCCAUUGUGUUAUAGACUAAAUCAGGGGGUUGUUCUAAAAGAACAAUACGUGUUUUACUAUUUCCUUUAAAUAUAAGGACAACUGAUAAUGCAUUAACAUGAUUUCUGUACUAACCAUCAUGCGCACAAGAAAUACAUAGUAAAUAAGGAACCUGAAAACUCCUGGCAUUGGAUCAUAAGAAGCUAGAUGAUUAGAAUGUGAAAAAGAUUUUACAAAUGUAAAACUUCUAUUUCUCUGUAGAAACUUUUCUUCACUUUGCUGUGCAAGAAGACACUGCUUUGCUAUAUUUAAAAUGGCUUUUUUAAAAGAGAUUUAUGUAUUUGGUAAAUGUUUGUAGUCAACAGUUCACACAAGAAGCUGUACACGGUUUGAUCAUGUAAAACCGUUUGGCGGCACAAGCUGGACUUUGUUGCCAUCCUUGAGAUGAACCUUUUAAGAAAAAUAAGUUAAUCUCAAUUUUUCCCUGAAUGUGUUGUUUUUCUUCAUUAUACAAUAAAUAUUAUAGUGAACUUUUUAUCAAAUGGUUAAGACAAUGCUA